UAUUCCUGCACCUGUGGGCAGAGAAAACCAAAUAAAAUAAAGAAGAAAUAAAAAGGCAAAAGAGGAGCAAGGGUUUCUUCAUCGCCGUCUUCGGCGCCACCGCCGCCCGCAUCCUCCGGCCAGGCUACACCCUCCGAAGAUUCGGAUUUCAGAUUGGCCAUUGGCGCCGCCGCCCUGUCUGAUCUUCCCAUCAACUCCGGCUUUUCCUCCUCGCCGCCGGCGCCUUACGGAAUGAUGACCUCGAAGACGCUGUCCACGAGCGCCCCGGAGACGGAGCAAGGCACGGAUGUCUUUCGCAUCGUGGGGUACAGCCAACAAAGGUUGGGGAUCGGAAAGCCCAUCAGUUCCGGCAUGUUCUCCGUCGGUGGGCAUGAGUGGGUGGCUGGCUUGUCCCCUGAUGUGGACGAACAUCUCGUCAUCGCUGCCGUGUUGUUGUUGUUACCGAGAAACACUAAGGUGCGGGCGUCCUACGAGUUGAGGUUAAUUAAUCAGAGAACUGGGUUGCCUUUCUCGGUGCAUAAGGCGGCACCGAGGGAGUUCAACAAUGAUAAUGACGGUAGCUGUUCUGCUUACUUUCUGAUAAACCGAAGUGUCUUUGAAGCGCCACCUGUUCUUCAGGAUGACUGCCUCACCAUGGAAUGGACUAUCACUACUAUCAAACAACCAAGGAUACCUGAAGUCAAAUCUUUUCCCAAGAUUGUGGUGCCUCCCUCUGACAGCGCACUGCAUUUUGCCAAGCUGUUGGAAGAAAAGAAGGGAGUGGAUAUCACAUUCAGUGUAGGAGGACAGACUAUCGUAGCACACAAGAUGGUCCUGGCAACAAGGUCACCUGUAUUCAAAGCAGAACUCUAUGGACCUAUGAGGGAGGAGGGAACAGAGCUCAUAGUAGUCAAAGAUGUGCAGCCUGAUGUUUUGAGGGCCUUUCUCCAUUUCAUAUAUACCGACUCUUUGCCUCCUUUGGAUGAUCUUGAGGAAGACGAUCAUAGUGAAAUGAUCCGUCACUUGCUUGUUGCUGCGGAUCGAUACGCCAUGGAGAGGCUAAAGCUGAUGUGUUAGAGUAUCCUUUGUGAAAAUCUUAGUAUUCAAACUGUGGCAACCACACUGGCUUUAGCUGAUCAACAUCAUUGUGACAUGCUUAAGGAUGCCUGCAUUGAAUUUAUGGCCUGUCCAAGUGUUAUGGAUGCUGUGGAGGCAACACAAGGCUACAAGAACCUGAAAAGAACUUGCCCGUCUGUUGUAGUUGAAGUGUUGGAAAAGAUAAGUAGGUUUCGGAAGAGAUGAACAGCUCAUCUUAAGUUCAGUCUGUCAGUAGAAAAUUAGUUUACGCCACAAUGAAUAGCUUUGCUCGCUUUUGGUAUAGCAGCAUAGGUUAUCUUGAAUAUGGAUGAACUGCUGAAUGUUAGAUAACUAAUCUAUCAGAAAGCAGUCUAGUUUUUAAGUUAUUGGAAUAGCAUGCUAGUCUUGUUAUAUCCUCUCAUCCUAAACUACUACUGGUUAGUGAGUUCUUUAUGUUUCAUAAGCAUUAUGCUAACUGUGUCUUUUGAUGUCUAAA